CAGGACAGAACAAACACACAACAAAGCAAAACAGGACCACGUUCACAUAUUUACACACACUUUGACAUUUGAGGUGUCAUAAAAAGACACAUCCUGCACAAACAAGUUUUUAACACAUUUAGAACAGGAGAUGAUUACGGCAGGAAGCUGUGGUCACUGUGACGUUAACAAAAAGUAGAAAGCAUGCGGCACCCCCCAGGUUUAUCAGCCCGUCUGUCAGUGCACCAGCAGCAUGGAGAUAGCAACACUGUGUGCUGUUAUUGCUUCACUCAGAGUCGUUCCCAACAGAUCCCAGUUCUUCCAGUAUGAGUCCGUCUCCAUAAGCUGUGGGCAGCAGGGAAACUCUUCAGAGUGGAGAGUUAAGAGGAACACGUCCUUAUACAUAAACACCACAUGUCCCUCAUCCUCAAAUGGGAUAGAUGAAUCGCACUGCUUCAUCAGUGACCUUUAUCCAACAGACACUGGAGUUUACUGGUGUGAGUCUGCAGCAGGAGAGUGUUGUGAUGCUAUCAGCAUCACUGUCGCAGCUGGUUCUGUGAUCCUGGAAAGUCCUGCCCAUCCUGUGACGGAGGGAGACACUGUGACCCUGCACUGUAGAAACAAUACAGACUCAUCCUCCAGUUUCACUGCUACAUUCUAUAAAAAUGAUGAUCUUAUUGGGAGCAGCUCUACAGGAAACCUGACCAUCCACAGGGUUUCCAAAUCAGAUGAAGGACUCUACAAGUGUAACAUCUCUGGAGCUGGACAAUCACCAGACAGCCUGCUGGUGGUUGUUUCUGCAGGGAGUCCUAGCCUGCCGCCUGAUUCUUCCCCCCAAGUGAUUCUUCCUGUGGUGGGUGUCUGCCUCAUGCUGAUUUUGCUGAUGCUGCUCUGCCUCUGGAGGAGCCACAAAGAUAAAGUGAACCCUGCUGUCUCGUACACUGACAUUACCGUCACACAGGAAGUGAAACCUCGUACUUUCAGAGAUCUGGACUCUGAGGCUACCUUCUACUCAACACUCAGUCUGGCAAACAUGUGCCAGGAAAUACCUAAAAACUCCAGAUUAAGUGUUUAAGCUUUUUAUUUAUUUAUUCUUUGUACUAACGUGAAGAAAUGUUUAUGGAGAUUUCAAAGAAUUUUCUGGAGCAGCUAAAAUGUCUUGACAUUUCUUAACAUUUGCACAAAUCUGUCAUUUUGUCACUUUCGGUCAGUUCAUAUGUCUUUGCAGUGUGGUUGUAUAUGAAAUAAUUGUUGUGAGUCUUUGUUGGAGGUGUGUUUACUUCAGUCAUGUUACAUUUUAAUGUCUUUGUCUUACUUCGUCAUUUUUUCCAGCGACUUUGUAGAUAUCAGUCUUAUUUCUUUGUUGUUACUUUGAAGCAACCACAAAGAGCUAGAGUAACUUUGAAGUUUUUUUAUAGUCCUAGUUACUUACUUACUUACUUUAUUCCACACUGGGUUCUUCCUUUUUUUAAAAAAAGAUUUUGUACAUAUCCCUUUUGAGUUUUUUUUUUUUACAUUCUUGUUGUUUUUUUUUUAAUUUUGUUUCUUUCGAACAUGUGAUGUAAUUUAACAACAUUGUACCAACUUUUUUCGAUUUAAAGUUUUCUUUUUCUGAUUUUACCUUUUUGUACUCUGUUUCUCUUUAGAGUAGCUAUUCAUUGCUUUGCAGCUGUCUUAGGGCAUUUGCAUCUCUUCAUCAUCUUUUUUGUGUGUUCUUUAAUACACCGCACACAACUUCUGGCUCAGAACGUUUGCUGUAAGCAAACUUUCAGUUACCCAAAAGCAAAAAUGUGAAUGACUUGAUUUGGAAAUCAAUGCUUGUAAUAGACCUUGAACUUUCUGUUGUUACAUGUAAUGAUUUUGUCUUGUUAUGAUAGUAAUGUGAUCUUAACAAACAAUAAAACCACCAAAACCAAGAUA